UUGCUGCUAAUAAGCCUAGGGGUUAAUCGCAGCAAGGAGCCACCUUUGCAAUCUUCACCAAUUCUCUCACUCUUCACUGAAAAAAUCCAAUUGCACCAUAAACUCAUCAUCGAAGAAAAUCACAACAACUACACAGUUCUAGAUUCAAUCGAUUUCUGGAAGAUUCGAGUGAGGAAGAAGCACAUGGGUUCUUCGGAGAAUCAAAAAUCCCCAAAUGAAAGACUUAACAACAAACUUGUUCCUUAUUCUUCACCCUCUUCUUCUAAUGAUGGAUGGAAGAAUCGAAUCCUUAUUCCAACCCUCCUUGCAGGGGUUGCUGGUGCUGGAACUGGAUUGAUAUCAAAGCAUCGAAAAAGUCUUGGUCUUGCUAACGUUUCUGCCAGCUAUGCCACUAAUUUUGCCAUCAUCACCGGUUGCUAUUGCGGGGCACGUGAAUUUGUGACUGCAACUAGGAAAACUGGACCUGAAGAUCUAUGGAGCUCUGGGAUAGCGGGAUUUGGAUCUGGUGCUCUUCUAGGUCGUUUCUAUGGUGGUCAAUUUGGAGCAAUUCGUUAUUCCGUCAUUUUUGCUGUUGUGGGGACAACAGCAGAUUACAGUAUUCUGAAAUUAAAAGAUGUUUGGCGAGAUUACAGAAAAGCAAUAUAUCAAAAUAUUGAGAAUGUAAAGAAGAAUGAAAAUUGGUUAACAUUGCCAGAAUGGUUUCCAAUUAAAAUACUCGAUGAAGAAGCACUUGCUGCGAAACGAGCGCAGGAAGAACAGUUCCUUGCACAGAGGGAAAGGAUUCGUAGCCUAAGGGUUGAUGAAGAUUCUUGAGAAUAUUGGAAUGAAGAAGCUUCCCAUACCCUUAAAUAUUUUGUAUACCCAAAUUGCUUAUUUUUAUAGUUUGUAAUAAUAUACUUAAGCUGAGAUUAAGCAAUAACUUCAGCAAAGAUUUUGGAAGAGUUAGAGUUUUAAGAUUUACAUCUUCACUUAGACUAAUGAUUUUUUCCCUUCCUUUUGUAGACAUUGUCCAAUAUAUUUUGUUUGAUAGAUUUUACAGUAGGAAGAAACUAUAUAAUCUAAGUCUAUUUUCUUUC